AUGGCGUUCAGCUUCGGGUUUUCAGGCGAUGACAUCGAUAUGGACGACUCGGAGCUCAAUAAUGAUUUCUCCGACGUGCCCUCCAAGCAGGCUAUUGGAAACUCUCUUCCUGAGCUGGUGAAGGCGAAUAAACAUGAUAUGAAUGAUUGGCUAUCAACUCUCCCUUCUCAAAUUUCAUUCAACAAGCUCGCCAUCAAUGACUUGAGCGUGGCUCGUCGAGAGAUCUUCGAUAUCCGUACUCAACUUAUGGCGGAAGACAGCGCUGGCCAUGAUAAUGAGGAGCUUAUCGCAGGCAUUGAGAAAGGUGACAUCAAGCCUAAUUUCUAUGAAGGUGGUUUCAAGACCUGGGAAUGCGCACUGGAUCUCGCUAAGCUCGCCGUGGCCGAGAAUACCCUUAACGAAGAUGCCUCAGGGGAUCUGCACAUUAUCGAGCUCGGCGCCGGAACAGCAGUUCCCACAUUGACCUUGUUUGCACGCCUCCUGCAAGCCGAAGCUGGCCAAAGUGAAAGACAUAUUACCUUGACGUUUGCAGACUACAAUUCCGACGUACUGCGUCUUGUCACGCUGCCCAACCUACUCCUAACAUGGCACAACAGUCGCUCUCAGACCGCAGUUUCAGCCGAUUCAACUGCAUCGGCCCAAGAGGAAGAGGAGCUUGACAUUACGCCCGAGCUGAUUGAGGAAUUCAAGGGUGACCUUGCAAAACGCAAGAUCUCCAUUGAGUUUGUCUCCGGUGCUUGGUCCGCCGAUUUCGUCGAGUUGGUCUUCUCGUCUGGUGAAGGAUUUUCUCGGAAAACUCUCGUGCUUGCCAGCGAGACUAUUUACUCGCCGGCUUCGCUUACAGCUUUCUCCGAGACUCUUUCGGCACUGCUUCGUCGGUCCAGUAAUGGGUCGACCCAGAGCCGAGCCCUUAUUGCCGCAAAGAAAGUUUACUUCGGAGUCGGCGGUGGUGUCGAUGAGUUCCUUGCUGUUCUGAACAGCGUGUGUCCCAAUGAGCUGAAUGUACAGCAGAAAUUGAAUGUGCAGUCCGAGGGCGUGGGCAGAGUGGUUCUAGAAGUUAUCCCUGCAGCCCAAUCCUAG